AUGCCGCCAACCUCGUCAAAACCACCUCCCCUCCCCCUCGCCCCCGACCGCGCCGCCAUAGCCAACAAAAUCUCCCUGCUCCUAUCCAACCGCACAUCCCUCCUCAAAACACUCAACCCUUCCUCCUCUCCAACAGCGCGGCAAACGACGACGCGCCGGCAUAAUGUCAACGCAGACGACAUUGAGCAGCUUUUUUCGGGGCCUCGGCCCAACGAGGGCGUGGGCUACGUUGCCGACCGGAAAGCCGCGCCUGCGACGGAGGACAGGAUGCUGAGGCGGAGGUUGUUGGGCAAGGGGCAGAGGAAUGGGAAGGGGGAGAAGAAGAGGUUUGCUGUGGAGAGUGAGAGCGAUGAGGAGCCUGGGAGGAGUGGGCUGGGGAAGAGGAAGAGGAGGAGGAGGGAAGUGGGAGAAUCUGAGGAAGUGGGAGAAGAGCUGGGGGGGGAUGAGGUUGAAGAUGAGGGAACUGGUCAUGUUGAGGAUGCUGCUCUGGUACUACAACAACAAGAAGAAGAAGAAGAGGUGAUGGCGGAUUCCAACGGCGGGGAUGAUGCGAAGCGGAAUAAGAAGAAGAAGAAGAGGCAGAGGGAAAAAGAAAAGCAGAAGCUGAAGAAACUCGGCAAUGCCUCAUCAUAA